CUCUCCAAAGAAACUAUUCUUUCCUUUCUCCACCAAGAAAACUAAAAUUCUUCUGACAUCCCUUCCUUCCCAUUCCUUACUUUUAUAAAUAAAAACCCUAUUCUCCCCUUCCAACAUCUCACCCCCAAAAAAAAUGCCAUCCGCACCAACUCAACCCCACCACCACUUCCGCCUCCGCCACCCCCCACGCUAUUAUGCGCACCGUGUUAAGGAAAGCCUCACCACCCGAGUAAUGAAAGUCCUCUGCUCCUGUUUCCUCGGCCUCCUCCUCAUCGUCGGUAUCAUGGCCUUCGUCCUCUGGAUCAGCCUCCGUCCCCACCGCCCCAGGUUCCACGUCAGCAACUUCUCCAUUCCGACCAUCUCCUCAGAAAACGGCCUCCAGAACACCGAAAUAUCGUUCAACGUAACGGACCGAAACCCUAACCAGAAUGUCGGGAUCUUCUACAUGGAUAUGGAUGCAUCGGUGUUUUAUCGGGAGAAGAAGAUUGGAAUGACGCCGUUAAGUCUACCGUUUUACCAGCCGCCGAAGAACACGACGUACAUUGACGGCGUUUUUAGUGGGACGUCGCUGAAGGUUGGGAACGACAGUUGGAGUGAGAUAAUGGUGGAUAGAGAGGCGGGAAGGAUCGUUUUCCGUUUGGGGCUGAGGGCGAGAUUUCGUUUUAAGCUGUCCAUGUGGGAUAGCAAACGACACAGGAUGCACGUGAGCUGUGACGUGGCGGUGGGGCCCGAUGGAGAGGUGCUGGCCAUCUCCAAGAAGAAGAGAUGUUCUAUCUAUUUCUCCUAGCGUUUCGGUUGUUUCGGUUUUCUGGCGGUUUUGUGUUAAAAUGCGCCUGGUGCGUAAUGAGCAUAGGUGCUUUUAGAGGGGUUUUUUUUUUUUUUUUUUUUCU